GGACAUGCUCACCUUCCCAUACAUGGGUGUCCCCGUUCCUUUGCUAUUGAAAAUGGAAACAACAGUGCCCGCCCUUGUUCUUGAGAAGCUUAUGUCCGCCGCAUCCCGGCAUUUUGAAUGCUUCCAUGGUGUUCUGUCCCCUCCCUCUCCAAUUUCUACGUCCACCCUUUCUCUCAGCCUCGGUGAAGUGGCCAAAGCUUCUUCAAUAUCUCUCCUCUGUCUCCCUAGCUACCUCCACUCCCUUGCGUUUUCACUUGCUUCUUCUCUAGCUUGUUAGUUCAACCUCCUCUUCUAUAAGCACAAGAAUGGCCGAGACUUUCAGAAGAACGAGAAUGAUGGACCUCCCAAACUCAAAGAAGUGGAGAGACAGACAACCGAGCCCCGACUUAAUGAAAACUCGGAGGAAAGAAUCUGCAGAUGAUGAGCCCAACCUGACCCUGCAAACUGAGCGCAGCAGAGGGAGAGUUGCCGUGGUGUACUACCUCUCGCGGAAUGGUCAGCUCCGACACCCCCACUUCAUUGAAGUCCCCCUCUCCUCCUCCCAAUGGCUCUCCCUCAGAGAUUUCAUCCGUCGGCUAGACCAGCUUCGGGGCAAGGGCAUGGCCUCCCCGUACUCUUGGGUCCAAAAGGAGAUACAAGAACGGCUUUGUGUGGCACGACCUCGCCGAGGAUGACGUCAUCUAUCCAUCGCAGGGUGAUGAAUGCGUCCUCAAGGGACUGGUUUUUCCCAUUUUGUGUCUCACUUCGUGCUCUGCUUUUUCCAACUCCAGACCUCCUGUCCCGCCGUUGUCUCCUGAUCACUUGGAUUUGAAGGCAAUAGCCCGGCGGAGGAACACAUUGACAGUUGUAACCUUAUUAAGGCUUAUCAAAAUGUAACAUGA